AUGGAGCCGUCCUUCACCCUCCCCGACUCCACUGACUGGCUCGACACGCCACUGUCGCUCCUUACACCUCUCGAAUCCUCCCUCCGCUGCCAGGUCUGCAAGGACUUUUUCGACAACCCGGUCAUUACGUCGUGCAGUCAUACGUUCUGCUCGCUAUGUAUUCGACGAUGCCUUAGCACCGAAGGGAAAUGUCCCGCAUGCCGAGGCUCUGACCAGGAGCUCAAGUUGCGGCGGAAUUGGGCGGUCCAAGAGCUGGUGGAGGCGUUCCAGAACGCAAGACCGAGCGUGUUAGAAUUGGCGAGGAGGGCCGCAGAUCGCGCUGGUGAUGCUGAAGAGGGGGAAACAGAUCAGCGUGCGUCGAAAAAGCGAAAGGUUGCCGAACAGGCUGGUCCUGAAGCGGCUCCGGCUGAAGGGAGGCAGACGCGAUCGCGAAGUAAAGGCAUCGACCGUGCGGCGGAGGCAGCUGAAGCGGAGGUUAUCGAGGACAGCCAGGACGAGGAGUAUAUUCCGGAAGAUGGAUUGGUCGCGUGCCCUAUCUGCAAGCGGAGGAUGAAGAAUGAGGCAGUAUUCGCUCACCUUGACAACUGCACAGGAGACCCGGCUCCUCCUAGACAGGUAUCAUUUGGAUCUCUACAGCCCAUGCCACCGGCGCGCAAACAAUCGACAAACAAACAACCCGAACGGCUUCCAAUUAUACAUUAUUCUAUCUUAAAAGACAAUGUUCUGCGAAAAAAGCUCAAAGAUCUGGGUAUACCGAACUGGGGACCGCGACCCCUCAUACAACGACGUCACACGGAGUGGAUGAAUUUGUGGAAUGCCAACUGUGACUCCAAAACGCCUAAAUCUAAAAGAGAAUUGCUGAACGAAUUGGAUAUUUGGGAGCGGACACAAGGCGGUAAUGCGGUUUCGCAACCGGAGACGACGAGUUCGGUCAUGCGCAAAGAUUUUGACUCAGCUGCAUGGUCCACCGAUCAUGACAGCGAUUUUAAGCGGUUGAUUGCAAAUGCUCGCAAACGAAGUGAGGCCCAGGUUCGCACAACGCUACCACAAGCAUCCUCAGUACCAGAAGGGCCACCAAGAGAACCGGCCCCAGAGCAACUGCCUGAGCCUUCCGCUGCGGAAGUUCGGGUACAAAAGCCGGAAGAGCUGACCUCGGACCCUGCGGUUAUCACUAAGGUCGCGGAAAACGAAGUCCAUGAAGCUCGAGAGCCCAGCGAUAUCCAGGUAAUUGAUGCUCCACAGUAG